AUGCUGCAAAAGACCGGGGCCCGCGUGCAGUCGCCGUCCGGCUGCGCGAAGCCCAAGGUUCCAGCGGGGACACUGCGAACAGGGGACAGCAGCCUGGGCCAGGCCGUUGCUGAGAGCAUGAGGCUGUGCUGGUUGGUUGCCCUGCUCCUUGCCGCGGGGGGGGCUGCAGUGGAAAACAAAUGUGAAAGAAACGAGUUCCAGUGCAAAGAUGGGAAAUGCAUAUCCUACAAGUGGGUUUGCGACGGGAGUCCCGAGUGCGAUGAUGGCUCUGAUGAGUCCCAGGAGACGUGCAUGUCUGCCACCUGCAAGUCCGAGGACUUCAGCUGUGGGGGUCCUAUCAACCGCUGCAUCCCUCAGUUCUGGAGAUGUGACGGCCAGCUGGACUGCGAGAACGGCUCGGAUGAGCAAGACUGUCUCCCCAAGACCUGUUCGGAGGAGGAGUUCCGCUGCCACGACGGGAAGUGCAUCGCCUCAGAGUUCGUCUGCGACUUCGACAGAGACUGUCUGGACGGCUCCGACGAGGCAGCCUGCCCCGCGCCCACCUGCGGCCCCGUCAGCUUCCAGUGCAACAGCUCCACCUGCAUCCCCGAGCUGUGGGCCUGCGACGGCGACCCCGACUGCGAUGACGGCUCCGACGAGUGGCCGCAGCGCUGCGGGGGCCGCAACACGUGGGCCCAGCUUGUGCCCAGCCCCUGCGCGCGCCUCCAGUUCCACUGCCGCAGCGGGGAAUGCAUCCACUCCAGCUGGCACUGCGACGGCAGCGCCGACUGCAAGGACAAGUCCGACGAGGCCAACUGCACUGUGGUCACAUGCCGGCCUGACGAGUUCCAGUGCUCAGAUGGGACCUGCAUCCACGGCAGCCAGCAGUGUGACAGGCAGUAUGACUGCAAGGACAGGAGUGAUGAGCUUGGCUGCAGCAACGUGACGCUGUGCGAGGGCCCCAACAAGUUCAAGUGCCACAGUGGCGAAUGCAUCACCCUGGACAAAGUAUGCAACUCGGUCCGGGACUGCCAGGACUGGUCGGAUGAGCCCCUCAAGGAGUGCGGGGCCAAUGAGUGCUUGGACAACAAGGGUGGCUGCUCCCACGUCUGCAACGACCUCAAGAUUGGCUACGAGUGCUUGUGUCCUAAGGGCUUCCGGCUGGUGGACCAGCUAAGAUGCGAAGAUAUCGACGAGUGCCAGGACCCCGACGCCUGCAGCCAGCUCUGUGUGAACCUCGAGGGCAGCUACAAGUGCGGGUGUGAGGAGGGCUUCCAGCUGGAGCCCGCCACCAAGACCUGCAAAGCUGUGGGCAGCAUCGCCUACCUCUUUUUCACCAACCGCCACGAGGUGAGGAAGAUGACGCUGGACCGCAGCGAGUACACCAGCCUCAUCCCGAACCUGAAGAACGUGGUCGCCCUGGAUAUGGAAGUGGCCAGCAACAGAGUCUACUGGUCUGACUUGUCCCUAAGGAAGAUCUUCAGCACCCAGAUCGACAGAGCGCACAGCUUCUCCUACAGCACCAUCAUCGGCGAGGAUCUCCAGGCCCCUGAUGGGCUGGCGGUGGACUGGAUCCACAGCAACAUAUACUGGACCGACUCCAUGCUGGGCACUGUCUCUGUGGCCGACACCAAGGGCGUGAAGAGAAAGACCCUCUUCAAGGAGGAAGGCUCCAAGCCGAGGGCCAUUGUGGUGGAUCCCGUGCAUGGCUUCAUGUACUGGACAGACUGGGGGACUCCUGCCAAGAUCAACAAGGGGGGCCUGAAUGGCAUGGACAUUCACUCACUGGUGACAGAGAACAUCCAGUGGCCCAAUGGCAUCACCCUGGAUCUUUCCAGCGGCCGCCUCUAUUGGGUUGACUCCAAGCUCCACUCCAUCUCCAGCAUCGAUGUCAAUGGGGGAAACCGGAAAACCAUUCUGGAGGACAAGAAAAAGCUGGCGCACCCCUUCUCCCUGGCCAUCUUUGAGGAUAAAGUAUUUUGGACGGAUAUCAUCAAUGAAGCCAUUUUCAGUGCCAACCGCCUCACGGGGUCUGACAUUAAUUUGAUGGCAGAAAACCUGUUGUCCCCGGAGGACAUUGUCCUUUUCCACAACCUCACACAGCCAAGAGGGGUGAAUUGGUGUGAGAAGACUACCCUCCCCAACGGUGGCUGCCAGUUCCUGUGUCUUCCAGCCCCCCAGAUCAAUCUCCACUCACCCAGGUUCACCUGCACCUGCCCGGACGGCAUGCUGCUGGCCACGGACAGGAGGAGCUGCCUCACAGCCCCGGACACUCCUAACGAAGGGAGCCAGGAGAGGCCCAGGAGCGUGGGCGCGCUGUACAUUGUCCUCCCCAUCGUGGUGCUUACCCUUCUGUGCUUCGGGAGCUUCCUCUUCUGGAAGAACUGGCGACUGAAGAGCAUCAACAGCAUCAACUUUGACAACCCCGUGUACCAGAAGACCACGGAGGACCAGGUCCACAUCUGCCCCAGCCAGGACGGCUACACUUACCCCUCGAGACAAAUGGUCAGGAUGGAGGAUGACAUAGCAUGAGCUGCUGACUCGAGUCCUGUCCCUCCCCAGAACCUGCUGCUGGUCAAGGGCAGGAAGAACACUUUCUCCCCAAACCCUUGACCUUCCCAAAACCCUCUGUCAGACCUCGACACCCUCCUGUUCCGUUCAGAGAAAGAAGUAGCCAAAAGCACUGCUGGCGGCUGCAACCCGAGGCUUGCAUCCAUGGGCCUGUCUGCCAGAGCUUUGUUUUAUAUAUUUAUUCAUCUGGAAGGCAGGCGACAGUGCACAUGGAAUGGGUUUUGGUUGAAUUCUUUUUCUUGACCUCUCCUCCUCCACUGUCUCCUCGCCUGAGGAACUGAUGGAUGGAGGGACACCAAGCCAGUGGCUUUGAACACCGAAGUGCAAUGCCACCGCCAGGGCCCCAGGCAGCUGCUGAGCCCCUAAUCUCAGGCAUAAAUGUGUUUACCUCUGCCUUGCAGGCCUUGAUGGACACCAGAGUAAGCUUUGGCUCUGCCACUGCAAAUCAGGAUAAAACCAGUAUUUUCAAAGCCGGGUAUGUGCCCUUCCCUUAAGUUGGGAAAGGGACUCUGGCGUUGGUAUUGACAUGGCUGAAUCCAGCACAUGGGGCGGGGGGGGGGUGGCCAGCUGAGCCCCUCAUUCACCAAAAACCUCAAUAGCUACCCAAGGAAAGCCUGAGCCACCCAUUGCCCUUGACGUUAUGAAGUGCCUGAGAUACCCAGGGACCUUGUGUGUGAGGAUAAGUGGCCUCCUACCUCUAGCAGUGUCCUUCAGCCCCCGGGGUGGCUGUCUGGACCCCAGCCCCUCCAGGUGCCCUUGCACUUUUCCAGUUCAGGCUUGGAUGUUCUGUAAAGUCUACAUUCGUUGUAAUUUUGCACUGUUUUCUGUUCUGGCUGGGCGGGCUCCUAGGCCGGAGGGGGCCCCGAGGUGGGGCGGGGAUGAGGUAGAGUCUCGGGGCCUUUCUCCCGGGGUUUCAAAGCGGAAGAAGAAGAUCGUGAUUAUCUGGCUGGUAUUUUCACUUCAAGGCACGUGCCCCUGAGCCAUUAAUCUCCCUGACAGGACGGUUGUCACGGACGGUUGUCCCCCUGAAACGUGCAUUGUGUUUCUGCCUUAAGACAUCCCUUAGGUCGGUCAUUGUAUGGAACUUAUGAAACAGGAAUGCUUUCUGAAAUUGUCACACAUGUCACAUUCACAACUGAAGGGACAGUGGAAGGGUCCUCCCGUGGCUUCCUUGUCCACUGUGCGCACUACAACCACGAAACGCUGUGCCACGCCCUGCAGGGAACUGUGACGGGAGUUUCUCUUCCUGAAGUCUGUAAAUAAGCCCCCGCACGUGUGAGCGGGGUGCUUUAUGUUUGCACUUUGUAUGAUUGUUGAACAUUUAUCAUUCAUAUAUAUGAAAAACAGAUCUAUUUAUUUUUGCAAACCCUGGGUGCUGCGUUUGUUUGGUGACCCCUGAGGGGUUCUGCCCUGGGGGCGACCAUCUGAGAGGCCUUGUCUGUCCGUAGUCUGUCCCUACAGGUGGUUCGCGCAGCCUCUCCAGGGGCACCGUGUCCAUGUUGCCCAUAUGGGCUGCUUUGGGCG